UUUGGUACAGAGUCCCUUCAGUGUCCUCGUUGUAAUGCUCCAGUCCCAGCUCAUCCUGGAGUCUGUGCUGCCUGUGGUGAGAACGCUCAUCAGUGUCAAAAGUGUCGUACUAUUAAUUACGAUGAGAGAGACCCUUUCCUCUGCAUAUCCUGUGGGUUCUCAAAGUACGCCAGGUUUGAGACAUUAGUCGAGGGACGACCCACUUCAGCUGUUGACCCAAUUGAAACUGAAGAUGAUAGAAAGAAGACAUUGUUAAGUAUUAAUCAGUUGCUUGAAAGAGCUGAUAAAUAUUACAAGGAGCUAGUGACACACAGAAAUGAACUGGACCAGCUGUUGAUAUCCCUAGCCAGUGAGCCAGUGGUAUCUCAGUCUUCAUCAGACAGUGGUGUGAAUCGUGCUAUCCAGUUGGCAGCUCAUUUAUACUGUAACAGUUGUAAAUCGUCUUACACUGACCUUAGCAAAAUAAUACAAAGUGUUCUUGCUUCAAGGAGAGAGCUAGUUGCUUAUGAUAUCAAUAAACUUCAUUCAGGGAAGGUUUCUCCUACUAGUGAGCCAGCAACACCACUCACUCCAAUAUCAGGGGAAGGAAGUGCCUUUUCUCUCUCGUCCCCCGUCUCCACUGCCCCCCUCAGCGAGGGAAAUUGUUUUGGAUGUGCUUCUGCGACACUAGAGCACUGCAUUACUGUAUUAAAGGCACUGGCUUUUAAACCAGAGACAAGGAAACUUAUGAAAAAGGACCUCAUAGAGGAAUUGAUGGAGUUUAAUUUAAGAACCGGUUCCGUUACUCUACAGAAAGACGUGCAAGGACUAUUGUGUCAACUGACCAGGUUAGAGGGAAUC